AUGUUCCGCCGCCAUUUCAGCACAUUCCGACCUCUUCUCCAUGAAAAUCCUCUCGGCCUUCCCCGCACAGGGUCACGCCCUCCGCCCCAGAUCCCUCGUCGAACAGGUCCCAUAGCCAAACGGCCUAUCCCUCAUGCUAAGAAAGUUAUCGUCGUAGCGAGUGGGAAGGGUGGUGUAGGGAAGAGUACAGUUGCUGUGAACCUGGCGUUCGCGCUUGCGAUGCGGAGUACGAGACCUCGAGUGGGUAUACUCGACUUGGACAUCUUUGGGCCCUCCAUUCCAAAACUCAUGGGCCUUGACCGUGCAGAGGAGCCCAAUCUUACACCAUCUGGCGCUCUCAUCCCGCUGGUAAACCACGGCCUUCCAUGCAUGUCCAUGGGCUUCCUUCUACCCCGCUCCUCAAAUUCAGAGUCUACAGACGAAAGCGGAAGCAACGAAGACGUAGCUGUUGUCUGGCGCGGUCUCAUGGUUCAAAAAGCCGUUCAACAGUUACUCUUCGACGUAGACUGGCGAUACGGAACGAGCGGUGGGGAGACAGAGGGACCGGGAUUAGACGUUUUGGUGGUAGAUAUGCCGCCUGGAACGGGAGAUGUACCUCUUACGCUGGGGCAACUCGUGAACGUCGAUGGCGCUGUCAUCGUUUCAACGCCACAAGACGUCGCCCUCUCCGACGUACGCAAAGGCAUCGCCAUGUUUCGCAAAAUCUCUGUCCCCAUCAAAGGCCUAAUCCUCAACACCUCCUACUUCCUCUGCCCCACCUGCACAACCCCACACCACCUCUUCGGCCCCCCAACCGCCUUCCACGCCACCGCCUCCCGUCUCGGCGUGCCCGUUCUAGCCGAACUCCCCCUCGUGCCCGGUGUGAGCACGGGUGGGGACCAUGGGAUGCCUUAUGUGUUGGUCGGGGGAGGUGGGAAGGGUAAGGAGGGGGAGGAAGGUCUAGGUGGGGAGAAGUGGAGGGAGGGCAUGAAGGAGGUCGCGGAGAGGGUUUGGCAGGGUUUGAGUCUGAACUGAGAUAGCUCGUCACUUUUGCCUAGUAAAUACCGCUCAGCUCGCAAGAACACGGCCGACCUUUGCCUCUUCCUUAAGAACGACAAACGUAGGGAGGGACGAGUAGU